UCUCUUAACCAUGAAUUUUUUAUUCUUUUUUUUUUAGAAAUCUUUUAGCCAUGAAUUGACAGAAAAGAAAAGGAGAGAGAGAGUUUCUUGAUUUUUUGUCAUCAUCAUCAAAAGGGAUCUUUUAUGGUGAUUGUCCAAAAACAAAACUCUACUCUACAGAGCUCUCAAUCUCCUUUUCACCUAUGAGUUUUGCCCAUUGUUUUUUUUUCUUUAAAUUCGAAGGAUGCUAGCUUUUCUUUCCAAUAAAAUGUUUUUGAUUUCAUGAUCUUAGACAUUGAUGCUUAUAUAUGUUUCUUUCUUCCUUUUUUGAGUAAAUUGUUCUACAUUGAUUGAUACAUGCUAAAUAUUUCUUCUUUUCUUUUGGAUUUAUUUUAUUGAUUGUUUUCCAAAGUUUUGGCAUUCAGAAAAUUUUUGGCUUGUAGAGCAUUUCAAUUGGUUUUAUAAAUUAUGGAUCAUAUUGUUGGGGGGAAAUUCAAACUGGGUAGAAAGAUCGGUGGAGGAUCUUUUGGGGAGAUUUUUCUUGGGAUUGAUGUGCAGAAUGGAGAGGAAGUUGGCAUAAAGCUGGAACCUGUAAGGAGCAAGCACCCUCAGCUUCACUAUGAGUCUAAAAUUUACAUGCUUCUUCAAGGAGGAAUGGGAAUUCCUCAACUCAAGUGGUUUGGUGUUGACGGUGAGUACAGCAUCAUGGUUAUUGACCUUCUUGGGCCAAGUCUUGAAGACUUAUUCAACUACUGCAAUCGUAAGCUUUCUUUGAAAACAGUGUUGAUGCUUGCAGAUCAAUUGAUUAACAGGGUUGAAUAUAUGCACUCAAGGGGCUUUCUUCACCGUGACAUAAAGCCUGAUAACUUUCUUAUGGGUUUGGGACGUAAAGCCAAUCAGGUUUAUAUUAUUGAUUAUGGCCUUGCAAAGAAGUAUAGGGAUUCUCAAACUCAUAAGCACAUACCAUACAGGGAAAAUAAAAAUCUUACCGGCACAGCUCGAUAUGCCAGUGUUAACACUCACCUUGGAGUUGAACAAAGUAGAAGAGAUGAUUUGGAAUCUCUCGGUUAUGUGCUUAUGUAUUUCCUCAGGGGAAGCCUUCCGUGGCAGGGUCUUAAAGCAGGGACAAAAAAGCAGAAGUAUGAUAAAAUCAGUGAAAAGAAGACUUUAACUCCUAUAGAGGUUCUUUGCAAAUCAUACCCAUCAGAGUUCAUAUCAUACUUUCAUUAUUGUCGAUCAUUACGAUUUGAAGACAAACCGGAUUAUUCAUAUUUGAAGAGGCUUUUUCGUGACUUGUUUCUUAGAGAAGGCUAUCAAUUUGAUUAUAUAUAUGAUUGGACAAUAUUGAAGUAUCCUCAAAUUGGUUCCAAUUCUAGACAAAAGCAGCCUAGUGCAAAGGCAGGUUCAAAACUUCGACCAUCUACUGAAAAAACAGAAAAGACUCCAGUGGGAAAAGAGAUGCAUGAUAGAUAUUUGGGUGUGGUUGAAGUGUUGGGUAGAAGAAGUGCUUCCAAUGUUAAUGUUGAUCGCUCGAAGCACAGGCCAUCGGAGAAUGUUUCACCAUCAAAGGAAGUGCGAUCUGAUUUGGAUAGAGGCCGCACUUCUUUCUCUCACAAUGGAAGUAUGUCAAGAAAGGCUGUUGCUUCAAGCAGCAGAAUAGGCACUACUGUUUCAGCUAAUGAGAGUAGAUCAAGUUGGCUGUUUUCGAAUACUAAUCGCCUGCCUACCACCCAAAAAAACCGUUCUGGAGUUGAGUCCAAAAUGGCAUCAGUUUCUCAUGGAACCCCUACAAAAGGCACCCGUGAGGGCCAUCUUCGAAGCUUUGAGAAUCUUUCCAUUGGCACACAGAAGAGGAAGCAAUGAACAUUAUUACAUUACUUUUAGUAAAAGAUGGUGCUUUUUAUUUAUGAUGAGACAAUACAUGUGUUCUUGUUUCAUUGCAUGUAACGCAUAUUUAUUCAAGCUUUUUCGUUUUGAUAAAAUUAUGAUGCAUUUUGCCCUUCUAAGAAA